UGUCAGACGUCAGUUGCAAACGAAAUAGCACCGUGGCGAGUUAUUCGAGGCGAAUAUUUCGCAAUUUACGAAGUUUACGCGUGUUACAUUGACGAGAAAUAGUUUUUAAAAGUGUCAAUAUUGUUCCAAAAGUGAUGUGUGCGGUCGUUUAAGUUGUUUAUCGAUAGUUGUACAAGUGUUUUGCAGUGAUGUCAGUGAUCUUAUAGCUAACGGUAUUCCGGUAUUGAACUUUUGUCUGAAUUUUGAGUUGAGACACACCUUGAUGUAGGCUGUAACGCGGAAGGAGCCGGAUGUUCAGCCAUGCGUAAAUUUUGAUUAUUUACCAAACUUAACGGACGCAACAUGGCGUCAAGAUGGCUCCCAGUGGUGGUCUGUCUGUCAAUUACCUCCUAUUUUCAACAUGGUUCAGCCAACAAGUUGCCGGUGUUCAGCCAGGACAUGGACAACCUGGCGCUGUCGGAGAGCACGCCGGUCGGGCAGCUCGUGUACACGCUGCAGGGGACUGAUCCUGAGGGGUUGCCAUUAAGGUAUGGAUUAGUGGGCACAGACAAGUUCUCAGUCAAUCCUACAACCGGAGAAGUUACCUUAGUGCAGCCAUUAGAUAGAGAGAAAGAAGACACCAUAAAGUUCUUAGUAUCGAUAGAAAACAUCCAUCCUAUCGAAUCGGAUAACCUCCUGCAGACACAAUCAGUCACUGUCAUCGUUUUAGAUGAGAAUGACAACCCGCCUAUAUUUAAGAAUAGUCCUUAUGAAGUAGAUGUGCCUGAAGACGAAGAGAUAGGUAGAACUAUUUUGAGCCACAUAGAAGUGGAAGACAAAGACUCUGUUGGAGAUAGCUUGGAAGUUGGCUGCCUACCUAACGAUCAGUGGCUAGAAGCGUGCGACAUCUUCGACGUGGUCAGUCUGCAGUCCACCGCCAACCAGUACAGCGGCGCCCUGGUGCUGAGGAGGAAGUUGGACUACAACGACAAACAGUUCUACCAGUUCCAACUAUAUGCCACGGACGGUGCGCUAAAUUCCACAGCGCACGUAGAAGUCAAAGUAGUAGACGUGCAGAAUAGUCCGCCAACAUUCAGCGGCGCACUCAGCGGCUCUCUGUCGGAGGAUGCACCGGUCGGAACCGUGGCACUGGUCAUCAAGGCCAGGGAUGCUGAUCGGGCACAACCCAGGGACGUCAAACUGGAGCUCAUUACUAAUCCUCUCGAUUUCUUCUGGUUGGACAGCGACUCGGGUGAACUAAAAACGGCGAAGCCUUUAGAUAGAGAAGCUCUCGCUGAUCCAUCUUCACCUCUGAACCUUACUGUUAGGGCCAGUGAAAUAGUGAACGGUGUCCCGGUGGUAUCCGACCUGACGUCCACCCUGGCCACUGUCACCAUCACCAUCAAGGACGUCAACGACGAGCCGCCGCGGUUUAACCGGCGCGAGUACAGCGUGGAGCUGCCGGAGAGCCUGCCCUUCGGCACUCCGCUGCCGAACCUGGACAUGGUGGUCACUGACACUGAUGUGGGUCUUAAUUCCGUGUUUUCGCUUCGUCUAUCGGAUGAGAUGGGUGCCUUCAUUGUGGAGCCUUCGACUGCGACGGGCAGUGCCACUGUUACUUUGCGACUCAACUCCAGCUUGGAUUACGAAGAUCCCAAUCAGAGGAAGUUCAUUUUAGAGGUCAUAGCUGAGGAGCUGCACACCUCGCCGCGCCUUUCGUCCAAAGCGAGCGUGACGGUGUCUCUCACUGACGUGAACGACAACGCGCCGCAGUUUGCGGACGGCCCGUACUCGACAUCCGUCGCCGAGGCCGCGCCCGCCGGGACUAGGGUCGCCGCCAUCAGAGCCACUGACAGAGACACUGGAAGAUUCGGCACAGAAGGCAUAGUGUACCAUCUCUCCGGCAACGGCGCUGAACUGUUCAGUGUGGAUAAUCGUAGUGGAGUGAUCACGGUGGCGCCGUGCGCCACGCCGGGACAAGCGCCGUGCCUGGACUACGAGACGAGGAAGGAUUACUUCUUACAAUAUAAGGCUACAGAUGACGACGGAGCGGGUCAGAUGACCGUGGUGUCGCUGCAGAUCUCGCUGACGGACUCCAACGACAACCCGCCCGUGUUCGUCACGCCGGUGUACCGCGCAUCCAUCGACGAAGACGCCGUCAAGUUUGAACCUGAACUAUUGGUCCAAGCGCGCGAUGUCGACACCACAUCAGACAUUCGCUACUCUAUCGCCUACCCUCCAGACUCUCCGUUCUGGAUCGAGCCGGUGACCGGCAAGAUCUCCGUCAGAGGCGGCGCCAUUUUGAAUUCUACAGACGACAAUCGCAUUGUGCUAACUAUCGUCGCAACAGAUGGCGUUCACAACGCAACGUGCAAAGUGGAGAUCACCAUCCGUGACGUCAACAACCACGCGCCAGCGUUCGACACCGACAAAUACGACGCCAGCAUUGCUGAAGAUGCGGCUAUUGGUACGGAAGUGGCUGCAGUGAGAGCAUCUGACCUUGACAGUGGAGUCAACGCAGAAAUCAAAUACGGCAUACAGAAAGGCGCUUUGGACUCCUUUACUAUAGACAACGUGACCGGAGUAGUGGCGGUGGGCUCCAAGCUGGACUACGAUAGACGCAACACUUACCGGAUACAGAUCAUAGCUACUGACAUGGGCAUACCAAGUAUGACCGGCACAACUGAACUGACCGUGCACGUAAUCAACGUAAACGACAAGAAGCCUAACUUCACUCCGAGCGUGCAACGGGCUGAAGUCUCCGCAGAUGCCGAUGUUGGGACCGUGCUACAUAACCUCAUAGCUGUGGAUCCGGACAUUACGGACAAUGGCCAGUUGCUGUACGAAUUAGCCACAGAUAGAGUUAUACGAGCUGUGGAUAAGAAUGGGAAAGAGGUAUCAGAAGAAGGUAUAUUCGGGUCGUGGUUCAGUGUGUCGCCCAACGGCAGUGUGUCAGUGUCCCAACAUCUGGACAGGAACCGGGCAGCUGUCAUAACGCUGCCAGUGGCUGUCACUGAUGCCUCCGCACCCACGCUGCAGAGGACUGAUGGUGAACUAAUAAUAAACAUAGUGGACGUGAACCGCCACGCACCAGUCUUCGGUCAGCCGGCCUACGUGGAGAAGAUUCUAGAAGAGCAGCCGAUCGGCACCAUACUCAACACGUACACCGCCACCGACAGGGAGACGCCCAUCGCCGCCAUUGUCAUCCAACCACCCAGCCCGUACUUCGAGAUUGAUAAUGUUACAGGUGUAGUGAAAACAAUCCAGCGCAUAGACUACGAAAAAGUCCAUUCAUUGAACUUCACCCUGGUGGCGUACGACUCUGGGGUGCCGCAGCUGUCAUCAUCAGCAGGGGUGUUCGUGGAGGUGGUGAACGUGAAUGAUGAAGAGCCCAAGUUCCUCACUCCGGAGUACGCCGCUCUACUGAGAGAGCACGUAGAGCCGGGCACCGUGGUGCUUAAUGUCACAGCUACUGAUGAUGAUGAAGGUGACUUCGGCGUAGUGACCUACAGUCUAUCGGGUGAACAAUCAUCAUCGUUCAAGAUAGACCCAGUGGCUGGUGUUAUAACAGUAGCAGAGGGCGCCACUAUAGACCGUGAGAAGACCACAGACCUUCGAUUCCGUGCUGUGGCCACAGACAAUGCACCAGAUCAGCUCAAAAAAUCUUCUAGUGUACCUGUCCGUAUAAAAAUUGAAGACAUCAACGACAACCCGCCAGUCUUCACUCAGAAGGUGUACAAAAGCACCAUCGCUGAGAACUUGCAGCUCAACCCACCUGCCGCGAUACUCCAGGUCCUAGCUGAGGAUAAGGAUGAGGGCAUCAACGGGAAAGUGAUGUACAGCAUAUUGGAGCAAAGCCAGGCUGGAGUAUUCUCAGUGGAUCCAAACAGCGGUAUCAUCUACCCCGCCAAGCCAGUCACCGGCGAUACCACGUACCAGCUGACAGUGGCGGCUAGAGACGAGGCAGGCCGGGGACACCACGACACCGCCCGAGUGGACAUCUCUGUGCUAAGUGUCAACAAGCACAAGCCUGUGUUCGUGCGCCCCCCACCCGACCAGAGACAAGUGGAGAUACCUGCGAGUGCAGUAGUGCCGGAGUAUUUGAUAACAACAAUAGAAGCAACCGAUGAGGACUCUGGUGAGAACGGUCGCGUCUCCUACCGCUUGGACGAAACAAGUUCUGCGCAGUUCAGUCUAGACCCCAGCACGGGUGAACUGAGGACUAAAGCCUUCCUGGAUUACGAGCAACAGGCUGAGUAUCAGCUAGCAAUAGUGGCUGCUGACAAUGGCACUCCUGCGCAGUUCGAAACAUUACGACUGUUGAAUAUUGUGCUAGUUGACAACAAGGACAACGCUCCGAGGUUCCUUCAGAGGCAUCACCAGUUCAGUGUUCGAGAAAACCUUCUACCGGGGAUUAUAGUUGGUAACGUAAAGGCUAUAGACAAGGAUAAGGGUGAUAAUGGGAUAGUGUACUAUCAUGUUCUGGAAGGCAAUAAAGAAGGAGCGUUCACCCUUGACCGGACUCAGGGCAUUAUUCGAGCCAAUAUGACCUUCGACAGAGAAGUCCAAGACGAAUAUUCGAUGACGAUUUACGCGAGCAAUAACCCGUUACUUGAACACGCGGCGGCCAUUUUGAAUUCCAUAGACAACAGCACAGACAGUCAAGAUAUUAGUGUCACCACGGUGAAAAUAAAGAUACUGGACGAAAAUGACAAUGCGCCGAAAUUUGGACAGAUGACUUACUACGCAGGUAUAAAACACACGGCGCGCGUAAACGAGCCCAUCAUAUCGAUAGUAGCAGAUGAUCCCGACCUCGACGUGAACGGGACCUUAAUCUACAUGGUCGCUGCGUCUAAUCUAUACAAGUUUGGAGAUUCCAAGUCCAGCGGAAGUGUCGUACCUUCGCCAUUUAAUAUCACCCAGGAUGGUAUACUGACCACAGCGCACUACAUGUCGGAGUACAACCAGGAUCGUUUCGUGCUCGACGUGAUCGCGCAAGAGGUCGCCGCGCCCUACAGACAGGCGAAAGCGCAGGUUUAUUUAUGGAUCAUAGAUCGCUCAUCGCUCAUGCGCAUGGUGGUGUCGCGCAGCUGCUCGUCGCCGGUCGACGGCGUUCAGGCCAGGCUGGCUGACGUGGGGCAAGCGCUGCUCAUUGCUGGGCGGAAGGUGCCCUUGGUGCAGGCGGACAGGCGGUAUGAUGACUGGUGUGAAAUUCACCUACACGCGGUGGACCCCAAGACGUACCAAGUGCUGGCGGUGGACAAAGUGUUGGAGACGAUCGACUCUAAGUACGACCAGCUCAAGGAGGUGUACCAGCAGUAUGGCGUGGAGACGCUCAUCGCUGCUAGCGCCACUUCUAAAGCACCAGACAGCUUCGACCCAGCCCUCGCAGCCCUGAUAGCGCUCCUCAUCGUACUGUUCACGGGCAUUGUCACCUUCGUCGUGGUCUGCGCCUGUCUCAAACAUUGGGCGCCUUAUUCCAGGGUGAUCCCCCCACCGUCCCUUCAGUCCAGCAAGGGGGACAGUCUCGCCAGGAGACGAAUCCUGGAGGAGCUCAGCACCACGGAGAACCCGCUGUGGCUGGAGACCAAGCUCCGGCCCUAUGAGGAGCAGGAGCUAACCAUGAAUGUAUUCGGAGACCAGAAUGAGCAAAAUGCUGAACAACCUCCUGUUAUGCCAGAUAACACAUACGCUACGAUCCAGGGCAGUCGCACAACGGAAAGGUUCGGAGACUACGCCACUCUGGCUGGGGACUCCCCCACUCCGCUCGAGGCAGCCUUAGGGUUCCAGGGUAGUACGUUCAAGCCGCCGUCUCCUGACACACCGGAACCCCCUCCUAGACCAGCUGGCAUGGGGCCUUUGUCAUGAGAUCGUAUAUACGACGUAUAAUGAAAAUUGUAAAUAAAUCUAAAUUAGGUAGUUUAAAACAUAAAUAACGCACAUGUUGGCAAUGUAUUACUGUAAAACAAUUGUGGAUUGAUCAUAGUACAUUAGUGUGCCAUGUAGGGUUGCCAACAUUUUUUCACAAAAAAAAAGUAUUUUUCAGAAUUAGCUAUAAAAAAUAUAGUACGCUUAAAAAAUUACCUAGUAUUUAAUGGAAUAAGCAAAAAAUCAACAUUUUUUUUUAAAUCAAUAUUUAUUUACUCUUGUUGCAUUUUUCAAGAUUUGUUUGUCUUAAGAGUGUCGAUUGCAUUUUCACAUCUGAUUUUCAUAUUUUUGAAAACUAGAUGCAUUUUUUUUUAUGUGUUUGUUUAAUGUUUUUAACUUAGUACAUCAUAGACAUAUAGUAUAUAGGCAAGUUCGGAUAGGCUAGACGCUAUUGCAUCUGUCGAAAACUAGUGUUCAUAACGAUUUAAAAUGAAAACUUUGUUAGUAGAUACCAGUGUUGAUAGUAAAGUAUUUUUGCGUACUAUAUGUAUUCCACAGCAUAUAGUACGCAGAUCCAAAAUAUAGUACAAUACUAAUUAUUAUAGUACGGUUGGCAACCCUAGUACCAUGUUACAUCAGUGUGCCAUGGUAACUCAGCCACGGCACGCGUCAACUUGAAACUUAAGUUCCAAGGUAAAGGACCGGACUCGUCGCCGAGAGGUCGUGGUUUGAUUCCCGCAUUCUGUACUAUUGUCGUACCCACUCCUAACCAGUGGCGUGCACAAGGUAUUUGACUAGGGUAUGCAUUUUGUACAAUUUGUACAAAAUGGAAAAUUCCUUCUCUAAUUCAGAUUCGUAAUGAGUACUAAGGGUAUGCACAGCAUCUGUGCAUCUAUGGAGUGUCAGAUCAGACAGUCUGCAACAGUUUUUUUCGACUAUUUGGAGGGGAAGGGGGGAAAAAGCUUGGUUCGCAUUGCAUCACAAAAAUCGCGACAUAACUAUAACUUAGGAAAUAAAAUGGUAUACUUACGUAAAUAAAUUUACGUACGUAUUACGUAUUUACUUACGUAAAUAAAUAGAUUGGACCAAUCUAAUAAAAAAUUUGGUGAUACGUUAACAACGUCUGCGGAUGCGUAAUUAUUGUCUUAUAGGUAUAAGUAUAAUUAUAAUGCUAAUUGACAGUGGUGUGCACAAGUGUUUUAACUAGGGUAAGUAACUAAGUACUACAAAACCUCGUUCAAUUCCAAUACAGUUUCAUACCAAUUUGCAUAUAUUAGAACACGCCACUGUUAAGUGACAAAAGUUAUGAAUUAUUUGUAAAUAAUGUACCUAAGUAACACAAAAUAAUAAUAAAAUAUAUUAUUUAUUGGUAUACACAUCACAAUGUGAGGUAAUGUAUGUGCCAAACUUAAUAAUUAAAGAGAUGAUUUCUUAUUUAUUUUUAAUAUUUUCAGUUUUUGGACCAAAAUUGCUUUGUAAAUAUUUAGAAAAAUUGUUCGUAACAUGAAUCUCAGUCAACUUAGCCAAUAGUAAAACAUUAUUAAUUACUAAAAGUCUGAAAAGAAUAAUACCUAUUUUCUAUAGUAUACCUUAAUUGUGACAGCUCGGAAGGACUACCUCCAUGUUUAUCUUUGCCGCCAUGCAGCAUUGCUGUUUUAGUCUGAAGAGCAUUGCUGUUUUAGUCUGAAGAGCAUUGCUGGUGUAAUCGUCAGCCUAUGUGGUUUCGCAUCACGAGGUCGUGGGUUCGUAUCCUGGGUCGGGCUAUAACAGUUAAAUUCUCCGUUCAGAGUUGGGAUCAAUGGUGUUACACCCUCGUGCCUCGGAGAGCACGUUAGAUUACGUUAAGCCGUCGGUAUCAGUUAUGAUUACCAUCUGAUAGUGGUUGUUAACGAAUCUAACAUUGUCAGUCACCCGCAGCAUGUUGGGUCUAAGCUCCACAUAGCUUCUAUGAGGGAGGGAUGCCUGGCCGUUAAAAGGCUGAUAUAGGCUUAAACAAAGACACUAAAGGCGGUACUUUGUAAGACGUGUUGAGUCAUUACAACUAUGGCUUCAUUUAGAUAUUAUAAAGCCAGCUAUAAGUCUGUCAAAUUAUUACUAUAAAAAAUAAUAAUAAGGUACCGAGGUAUAAUACAAAAUACAUGUUUUUACGCCUUGGUAGUCUAGUUUUGCGAUUUCUAAAGUCUAUAUUCGAGUCAUAAAUCAGACUAUGAGUAGAGACAUUUAAUUUGAAUUAGUCCAUUUAUAUGAUCGAUAUGAAAAAUUGUUCCAUCUAUAUUUAAAAAUAAAUGGGCGCUUGGCACUAAUACUCCGGACGGCUUGCGGUAUCUAGUUAAAUAUGAAUCCCUGAAUACGUCAGACGCAUUUCAUUUGUAGAAUAAUUUUAAUCUAUUUUACCAAUACUAAUGAUAAAUUUUAGUGUUAAACUAUGUAAUAUUAUAUUUUUUAAUGCUCUAUACCAUUAAGUUUUGCCAUAGUAUAGUAUUUGUGUACAAAUUAAUAAGAUUUUUGUGACGUAGGUAUGCCUUUUUUGCGUAUUAUUGUAAAUACUCGCUUUAAUAUAUUUUUGUAUGGAAUAAAAUUAUACAACGAAUGAAAUAAAUACUUUUUGUAAUU